AUGCGACACUUCUGGACGCUCAAGGCACUGAUCAUUCCUCCGAUCACGAUUGGGUUCUUCAUAUAUUGUAUGGUAGUUGGACACAAGGGUGCUGUGUCUUACGCAGCUACUCCAAACCCAGUGACCGGGUCCAAAUUAGGCUGGGCUUUCGUGUACAGCGUGCAAGCUAUUAUUGGUAGCUUUUCUCCCUUGAUUGCUUCCAACCCCGAUAUUGCCAGGUAUGCCGUCAAACCCAGCGCCACCGGUUGGCCCCAAUUCCUUACGAUCACAUUUUUCAAGACGCUGGUUUGUGUUAUUGGCAUCUUCGGUACCAAUGCAAUUGCAUACAAGUAUGGAAAGACAUACUGGAAUCUGUGGGACAUAUGCGACGUGGUCCUCACCAACAACUGGAGCGGUGGUGUGCGUUUCGCCAUCUUUCUAUUUGCAAUCUUGAUGGCUGCCUCUGAGCAAAUCAAGAAUCUGUCUGCCAACAUGAUUUCUUUCGGAGCCGACACGGCCUGCUUGAUGCCGAAAUACAUCAACAUCAACCGAGGAAUGGUUUUGGGCUUGACAAUUGGCUUUGUUAUUCAACCUUGGCACAUUCUUGCAACUGCAAAGGCCUACCUUACCUUCCUCACCGGUUAUAGUCUAUUUUUGGGAGCCAUCCCAGCUAUUGCUGUCUCUGACUACGUCCUGCGAAAAGGCAAUGUUGAUGUACUGUCACUCUAUACUUCUAACAAGGACUAUUGGUACUUUAAGGGAUGGAAUUGGAAAGCAUAUGCUGCAUAUAUCAUGGCCAUCUGGCCAGUUUGUCCUGGAUUUGCAUACCAGUUCAACAAGACCUCGUCAACUUCUCAAGGCUGGAUUCAUCUGUAUCAGCUGGGUUGGCUGUUUGCUGUCUUUAUGGGAGCCUUCAUCUAUAUUGUUCUCUCAUAUGUGUUCAAGGAUCCUGCUAUGUUCGAGGCUAAUAGGUUCCCAUUUGAGUCUUAUGCAGUGAACCAGCAAGAGCUGUUGGAUAAGGAACCUGGCAAGGACACUGUUUUGGAGGGAUCUCCGGCAAGGGAAUCUGAUUCCGAGCAUGGUCGAGAUCUCUUAGAGAAGAACUCGGAGAAGCCUAUCGACGUUGUUACAGCUGUCUAG